CGGAGGGCGGAAGAGCUUGUUUGUGUUUUGGUUCAAAGGGGAAGUUGCGAGAAGAAAGAAAGGAGGAGACGUGACGGGAUUGUUGAGUUUUUUCUUGGUUCCCUAUUACCAUCUCACCAUAGUGUCCUGGGCCCCGUGUGUACGUACUACUGCCGUGGUAUCUCAAGUUGUAAACACCGUCUGGCUCUCAGCAGAAUUCCUGAUAGUUGGUUUGGCCCACAGGACCCCCGCGUAUCUGACUUGGUCAUGGCCAAUCGCGGUGGAGCUACGAGACCCAACGGAUCCAAUGCAGGGAACAAGAUCUGUCAGUUUAAGCUGGUGCUGUUGGGGGAGUCAGCCGUAGGGAAGUCCAGCUUAGUGCUCCGUUUCGUCAAGGGUCAGUUCCAUGAAUUCCAGGAGAGCACAAUAGGAGCUGCCUUCCUCACUCAGACAGUGUGUCUAGAUGACACAACAGUGAAGUUUGAAAUCUGGGACACUGCAGGUCAGGAGCGUUACCACAGUUUGGCACCCAUGUAUUACAGAGGAGCACAGGCCGCCAUCGUUGUCUAUGAUAUCACAAACGAGGAGUCCUUUGCCCGAGCAAAGAACUGGGUGAAGGAGCUGCAAAGACAAGCUAGCCCUAAUAUAGUCAUUGCUCUGUCAGGCAACAAGGCCGACCUCGCCAACAAGAGAGCUGUCGACUUCCAGGAUGCCCAGUCCUACGCAGAUGACAACAGCUUACUUUUCAUGGAGACAUCUGCCAAGACUUCUAUGAAUGUGAAUGAAAUAUUUAUGGCUAUUGCAAAGAGAUUGCCGAAGAGUGAGCCCCAGGCCCCCGGAGCAAACAGCGGGCGGAACCGGGGAGUGGACCUGACAGAAGCUGCUCAGCCAGCUAAGGCUCCGUGCUGCAGUAACUAACGUGAAGAAGGCCCCUCUUCAACCUGCCUGUAUAGCAGUAACUAAUGCGGCCGAUGCCCGGAAUGCCACUGCGGUUACUAAUGCAAUGUGUUGUACUCUUCUCUCCAGUUCUCUCAUUUGUAAAUCAAGAAAAGAUGUCCCCCUUCCCUCCCUUUUCUGUUUUUAGUAACAAAGUCAACUCCAUUUCACGUCACUUCACCCUAUGUCUUUUCCUCCUUCAUGGUUUUUGCUGCUACCGGGUUCAGCCACCAAACCGUUCUGCCCUACUUUCUGCCAUCCAAUUUGUUACAGCUAUCAAUAACUAUUGAUAGAUUACCGAUAGCAGAUAUUAAAGACACAAGUGCACCCUGCCUUCCACUGUGUAGAUAUGACUUUCAUUUAGAGGAAGUGGUCACUUCCCUGUUUCUGGUAUAGCUUGAGACUUUACUACUGCAUUUCUAAAAGCUGUCUUGUUUUGUUCUUUUUGAUGAUUUCCGUUAACUUAAGUUGACUAUGAUUUUGUCAAAACAAAUGGUCGCACAUACUUGUAAACUCACAAGAUCUAAAAUAGAAAAAAACAAAGAAAGGACCUUUGGUCUGCAGGGGCACAGAAAAUCACAAGUGUGUUCUUUUGAAUCUGAAGAAAGGUAGAGAGGGAACAAGAGAGACACCCUAUGCUCCACACCUCUCCCUUGUCCCUGGGACCCUUUUUUAUCAUAAAGUUGAGUAAACAUUUAACUGUACUCCUCCUAGAGUCUACCCUUCUCUGUAUGUUCCCUUGUCUUCCCCAUGUUACGUCCCACACUUGACCCAAAGCAGCAUAAGUGUUUAUACUCUUCCAGCCCCAUAAGCCUCCAUUUCUGGGGGCCAUGUCUGCUUUUAGCUAUCUCUAGUGGCAUUGUGCAAUGGUUCAGAGUAUUAACUCUGUGACUUGAGUGUCUGCAAGGAAAAGUGCAGCACUGCAAAAUACCCCAAUUCCAACCAUUUGUGUCCAAAACAGACACCCACCAACCCACCGAUCUCCUGAUGCAGUUUCAUUCCCAAAGACGAUCCCUCUGUUGAACAUUUGGUUUCUGUCUUUGGAUGAUUUGAUUUAUGCAGUCUUAACAUUUCGUUGCAUUAGGGUUUUUGUAACGCUGCUGGGUUUCUGCCUGGUGAACAGUGAAGGUGAAGGUAGCAAGUCGCAAUACCUGUGUCAGCUUCUUAAUCACCUUUUUGAAACUUAAUUAUUUGUCUGUUUUGUUUUCUUCUUGAUUAGGAAGUGCUUUAGACACGAUUGUGUGUCAGUGUGUAUAAACAGGGCCUGGGCUGGCUGGCUGAUGACAGAUUUCAUCCAUAGACUCACUCACACCUGCUCAUUGAUGUGAGUAAGUGAAGACAUUUACACAUGAUCACACACAUCCCAUUGACGUCUUCCCCCUUAAACCCUGAGAGACAUAAACAUCAUUGUACAUAAACACACACAAACUCACACUGUCUGUUACACUGCUUCCUAAUGUGUUGAGCACACACUUUUUAUCCUACCCCCAUCAUACACAUGCACACGCAUACACAUGCAAUACAUCGGAAUAACUUCUACAGGUCUGUCUUACUCAUGCCUUGCACUAAUGAUGCUCAUCAAUAUAUCUUGUCAUAAUUACAGCCAGUGUGAUAUAAAUAUAAAUAUAUAUAUAUAUAAAAAUAUAAAUAUAUAAAUAAUAUACUGUAAAUAGGGUGUUGCAGUGUAGUCUACUUUUUUUUUCCAGUGACAGGACUAAUGCUUGCUAGGGAGUUGUCUAGAUAAUCAUAAAAAAAACUGUACAGUGAGCAGAAAAAAAACAGCUACAAUAUGGGUUUGGAGUUUUGUUGCUGUUCCUUUUUUCACAUGAAUGGUUAAAUUAAAAUCAGUGGUGGUCUUAAAUGUAUGUAGUGUCAUUAACAAAAGUUGAAAUUGCAUUUAUUUAGUCAUCUGUCUUGUACCUUUUUCUCAAAUGAAAAAAGUCUCUGAACAUUUAGGUUUCUAUUUUUCAACAUUAAUAACUUUCUUACAUUUGACUUUUUUUUUUUAUUUAAAGAGGUUUCGGGCUUCGAUACAUUGGUUAUAAAAGCUCCAAAGGAGUCAGACACAAAACAGAACAGUUUAAUGACAGUCUGCCCCCUUCAUAGCAUCUCAGUAACCUUGUGAAGAUAUUGUAGGAACAGUGUAACAUCUAUCAGCUGACACGAUGGCGAUCCAUAAAUAAAUGAAUUAACACAU